GCAUUUCUAAAUCCACUUUCUUCAUUUCAUAUCGCCAAAGCUUCGGAUUAUUCAUCACUAGCACACGACAAUGCACGAAGCAGACCCAACGUCUCAAUCGAAUUAUCUGCAAAUCGCUACGAAGCAUAUAGCUUUUGAUUGGACAGUUGAUUUUGAUAACAAGGUCAUCACAGGCACCGCUACACAUGACCUUAUUGCAAGGAUUGAUGAAGUGUCUGAGGUGAUCUUCGAUACCUCGUAUCUGCACAUCGAGGGAGUUAAAGUUGAUGGAGAUGCGAUCCAAGAUUUCAGACUAGGUCCCAAGCAUGAAGUAAUGGGAUCUGCAUUGAGUGUUCCCCUUCCUCGGACCUUGAGUGCUGGAUCGAGUAUCUUGGUCGAGAUCACGUACAGGACGACUGCGAAUGGCACAGCCUUGCAAUUCCUUGAUAAAGAGCAGACCCAGGGUAAAACCUUCCCGUUCCUGUUCAGCCAAUGCCAACCUAUUUACGCGCGAGACCUCGCUCCUGUGCAAGAUACACCGUCCGUGAAGCUAACGUACAGUGCCAGCGUCCGUUCCGUACUUCCAGUCCUGCUAUCUGCGAGACGAAUUUCCCCGCCCUCAGAUGGUCCAGCUCAUGAUGGCAAGACCAUCGGCAAGGACGAAGUCGUGUAUAAAUACGAUCAGCCUACCCCGAUUCCUUCAUACCUUCUUGCGAUCGCCGCUGGAAAUUUGCAGUACAAGCCAUUUCAAGUUCCUGAUGGAAAACAAUGGAAGUCUGGGGUUUGGUCUGAGCCUGAGCUUAUGGACAGAUCGUUCUGGGAGUUCAGCCAGGAUACCUCCAGAUUUCUAGCUGCUGCAGAGAAUCUUGCCGGGCCUUACCGAUUUGGGGUUUAUGAUCUCCUCGUUCUUCCGCCGUCUUUUCCUUAUGGCGGCAUGGAAAAUCCGUGUUUAACUUUUGUGACACCCACCCUUCUUGCUGGAGACAGGUCUCUGACGGGUGUGGUGAUCCACGAACUUACGCAUUCAUGGUUUGGGAAUGGGGUCACGCAUGCUCACGCUUCUCACUUCUGGCUUAAUGAAGGGUGGACAACUUAUGUCGAACGUGUGCUGCUGCAGAUCAUACACUCACCUGCACACCGAGGCCUGUCUUCUGUGAUCGGAUACAACGCACUCCUGGAUUCCCUUGCGUUCUUCAAAGACAAACCCAAAUACCAAAAACUUGUUAUCGACUUUGAUUAUGGAGAGAAUCCGGAUUCUGCAUACAGCCGGGUGCCUUACGAUAAAGGUGCCAAUUUCCUCUUGCACAUCGAACGUACGCUUGGUGGCCUUGAAGUAUUCCUACCCUAUGUUAAGGACUACAUCGCUACUUAUAUGGGCCACAGUAUCACCACGGAGACAUGGAAGAACCACCUCUAUGCCUACUUCCAGAAGAAUGGCAGCGACGAACAGAUCAAAGCAUUGAACAGCAUUAAUUGGGAUGCAUGGCUUCAUCAAAGUGGACUGCAUUUACCUGUUGAGAUGGAAUAUGAUUUGACCCUGGCGAAUCCUGCAAAUGCGCUUGCCGACCGGUGGUAUGAAUCACGACACACUAUGGACAUUUCGAAGCUAGAUUUUGAAAGUUCUGAUUUGGAUAGCCUGGACGCUAACCAAAGAGCUGUCUUCCUCGAACGAUUGGAGAGUUACAAUGAAUCUCUCCCUGCGAGACACCUUUUUCAUUUCGACGAGUUGUACGGCUUCUCGAAGACCCUCAGCACCGAAAUUCGAUUCAGAUUCUAUACCUUGGUGCUCAAGUCCCAGGCAGCAAUGCAUUUUGUUCAAGGAGCAGCAAAUUGGGUCGUUGGGGCUGAUGACACAGGAGUCGUUAAAGGCCGCAUGAAAUUUUGCAGACCUGUGUUUAGGGCGAUGUUCAAGGUCAACCCCGACCUCACUAUAUCAACGUUCAGGCAGGCUCGGACGCAGUUUCAUCCCAUUGCGCAGAGUCUCAUUGCGCAGGACCUUGGGCUGGACCUGACUGGACUGAGAGUUAGUGGAUGACAAACAAAAAGCGUAUUAAUUAUUGGUCUCAGAUCGAGUAGCGCAGACAACCAAACUUGGUUUGCUUGGACUUAAGGCCUCAGAUGCCCUCGAGGCCUGAGGCCUAGGCCCGAGUGCUGUCAAGCGCUGGACCUGAAACUAACUUGAAAUGUCCUAAAAUUUUAAUAUUGCCGAGUGGGGUUACCAGGGGCGGUCGGACUCGGGUCCACAUAUUGUAAGAAGAGUUUG